CGGACCUUCUCUUUCUCAGACUCAUGUCGUCAGAUGGAAUGGAAAGCAGACCAAACUUUGGACGGAAAACGGCUAAGAAAUCAUGUAAUUCGCAGGGUUGUCGCUGUUGACAAGGAUAUCUGUGACAUAAGUUGCUUCUGGGAACCAAACUGUGUUAGUUUUAACUUUCAGAAGUCUAUGAGCAAAUGUGAGCUGAAUAACUCUACCUUUGAAGAACAACAGGAUAAGCUGGAGACAAAUUAUGAUUACCUUUACCGAGGAGCUAUCGUAAGUGAAAGACUUUAUGAAUUACAAUCAAAAUAGACCAAGUUAAGUACGGCAGGGAAAUUGACGACCAAUUUUCGCACCGCGGCCAUGGCGGCCAUUGUAGGAAUUACACUAUAUCCCUGUUUCUAAACACGUAUGAAUCAAAAGAAUAUUGGUAAUAAAAAAUAAUUUGUUGAUAGCGGAGCCUCCAUUGCUAUAAAAACUGGAAACGUAUCUAUGCGAGAAAAUUUGGUUAUGCCGUCAGCGUUUACCCUCCGACGCCCGUCCUUACAGACUGACAGAGACAGACUAAGUAGACACUAUUUCCACUCCUCCUCCCCUAGAGAGUUUUUUUUGUAACUGCCUAUUGCUUCCAAAUGGCUUUAGAAAUGAAAAGCUGUAGUUUGGAAGAUUUUUUCUACCACUGUGAUCGAACUAUAGAAAAAAAAUGCAUAGUGAUUUUUUCUUGUAAACACUCGACUUUAAGCUUGCUGAGUUUUUUUUAUUUCAGGUCGACGUGUUUGCAGGAUAAUAGGAAGCUUAUAGUACGGAGAAACGACAGCGAUGGCGCUUAUUCCUUCUCUUUUAAUUGGACAAAUAUUGGCAAAAUUUUCUGGUGAAUUCCAGAAGACUUUAUUGAAGUUCGAAUUCAGGAAAAGAAAAGAAAAAGUUGUUAUCUUGUGUCCGCGUCCUUCACAAAACGUGAAAUUUUAAGGUACCUUUGCGUCGUAGUCGUGCAGUGCACGCUCGUGCAAAGUUGUUGCUUUGCUAAUCAAACCUAUUGAUUUUUUGCCGUUCUCGCUGUCGUCGCCGUUCCUUGCUUAAGGUCCCUAUUUUUCUUUAUAAGGUAAACUGAUGCUGAAGGCCCUUAAAGUUAAAGGGAACCUCCACUCUUACUACAGAAUAAGUUUAAAUCGAAUAAAAUUAUGUUGAUAACAAAUUUGUUCGAAAUCUGUCCUUAAAAAAAGUGUUUAUAUCAGGAAAAGUGAAUUUUAAAAUUGCUUAUUUUCACUUUCAAAUUUCGCGGGCGCCGCCAUCUUGAAUAAUUGUGGCGUGUUAUGGUUGCUCUAUUGUUCUGACACAAAGAGCUUUUGCUUAAUAACAAUAGGGCAACCGUAACACGUCACAAUUAUUCAAGAUGGCGACGCCCGCAAAAUUUGAAAACAAAAAUAGGCGAAUCUAAAAGUUAUUUCUUUCGGAUACAAACGCUUUCUUUAAAAAUAUUUUAGAUUGACUUGACUGUAACAGUUAUUUCCUGUGACUUAAAGUUAUCUUUUUGUUGAAGUGGAGGUUCCCUUUAAGUAAGGAUUUGAAGAUUUCAUUUUAAUGCCUUAGAGUUUACUAGUUUAAAGUUAAUUGCUUUUGUUAUUAUAAAAGGAGGCUCCGCUUUUAGCCCUGGCUAAAUCUAUACAUUAUAUGAGGGCCUCCGUCUUAUAUGUUGCUAAUAUCUAAAGUAUUUUAUAUGUAUGAUGUCUCUAGUGAUUCUGCGCCGCCUAGCAUCAAUGACAUGUUGAUGCUCCCAAGAAAAGUUCCCAAAUACAACACCCGAUUCUCUUCAGCUAGUAAUUUUCAUAGGAAACACUCUCAACUAAAUCCUCACAAAAACUUCUUUAGCUAGCAUCGGGGCUAAAAUUUGGAACAGUGAACAUUAUGGGCCAGUUAUUUGAACGGAGUUUAGCCAGUGUUCUACUGUUCUAAGCCACCUCCAGUUUGCCGAACGCUUUUAUGUAAACACCAUUUAUGGUCGUGAAAAGUUUCGUGCAAGCACAAAGCGUUGACUAGAAACGCAGUUAUCCUCUCAAAAUAGCCCACAAAGAAAGAGAUGUGGAGGUUCAAAAUUUCCUAAACCGCGGUCUUAGUUGCAAGGAUUUCGUUAUAACCGACCCCAUAGCAGCUUUUAAUGCUCUGUACCAGAUACCAUUUUACACUUCUUAAUUAGACUCAUUUAGGGUUCGUUCGAUUGGGAAAUCUGGAUUUAGAUUUUAAAAUCCGGAUUUCGGAUUUUCAAUCGAACGUGAAAUCCGAAAUGGAUUUCAACGCUGAGAUGUCUGUUUUUGGAUUUUCAUUAUUACCGUUUGAUUGGGAAAUCCGAAAAAGGAUUUGAAAAACUGUCCUUAAGAACAGCGGUCUUGCACGUGCACGCACAAUUAGCAAAAAGAAGACCGUUGUUCACGAGAGCAGUUUUGCAAAUCCUUUUUCGGAUUUCCCUUUCGAACGGUAAAAAGGAAAUCCAGGAAAUCCGGAUUUGGAUUUCUCAAAAUUGACAUCCACCCUAGGGACGGAUUUCUCGGAGGUGAAAUCCGUUUACGGAUUUCGUGUUCGAUUGCAAAAUCCGAAAUCCGUAUUUCCCAAUCGAACUCAACCUUAAUGUUUAAACUAUGAGAAAAGUUUCAACACUCCAAACCUGGAAAUCAGUUUGUUCACCUAUUAAUAGUUGUUAAAGUACAUGUAAGGGAUCUAUGAUUAUCAAUAAAACCGCUAGGAAUGAAGAACGCAGCUAUUUUUUCAGAAGAAAGUAUUUAGUUCUGAUCGCCUCAUUUUUUCUGCCCUAGAACGCAUGUGUGAGUAAUCUUUGUAAAAACCAAGCAACCUGUCAAACCGGUUUUACAGCCAAAGGAUACCGCUGUUUGUGUACUGCUGGUUUCAAAGGAGAAUACUGCGACAUUGGUGAGUUUCUAUUCUUGAGUAACAAUGUACAAUCUGUAUUCAACCAAUUAUACAAUUAUGUCGAAUCGAUAAUUUUAAUAGCAUCGUCAAGAUUUGCAAGAGUAGACGCAAAAGUAUGGCAGCGCUUAAUUCAUUAUCGUCCUCGAAUAAACGCCGCACCCAAUCAAAAGAUUGUGGCGCUCAUACCGACCAAAGGGUUCCCCCGAGCGCGUACUUGCAGGCUAUAACAUAAAUGCUCUCUCUGCCAGAUCUGGGUAGUACUUCUAAUUGGUUGAAUAGAUUUUCAACUAGGUCCAAUCAGAAGCACUACCCAGAUCUGGUUAGUGACACGUCAUCAGUAUGGAAUUUCUGCGCUCGCUGCUCAGACGUCAUUUCCGGGGAAAAAGUGGUGGCGUCGCGAAAUGUCGAUUGUUUUCUUAACUACAUUAUUUUUAUUACUCCUGUCUUUAUUUUAUUUUAACUACGUGUAGUAAUUUUUAAUUUUUAUAAUUUUCUAGAUGUAGACGAGUGCGCCACUGGAACAAACAAGUGCCGUGCCAAUACGUUCUGCACAAAUAACGAAGGAUCUUACAUCUGCACUUGUAAUCCGGGAUACUAUGGAGAUGUAGAAAACUGUGAACCGAGUGAGUCUAAAGCAUUUUCAUGAGUUGUAGGGAGAUAUUGAUCCAUUUUUACCCUUAAAUAAACCGUAAAAUCUUUUCUUUGGACUUACUUUCGGGACGGACUAUAAAUUACUGAUGUUGUUACUUAUAAAAGUUUAUAAUUGUUGCUCCUGUAAUUUGCCUUAUUUUAAUCGUCUGUACACAUAUUCUAAAUAACUCACGACAAGCUUUUCUAGCUGUUAUCAAUGCUAAUGAUUCUUUCCAUUAAAAUAUGAACAAUAAUUUCCCGUAAAAAUUUAGGGCAAUAAGAAAAUGAACGAUCUGAAAUGUCUUUUUAAAGCCGUCACCUUACUUCCCAUAUUGUAGUAAUUAAACUUUUGUAAAUUAAAUAACCAUGUUUAAUACCAGUUAAUUUUUUUGUUUAAUUUUCUUUUGGCGUAGUUUCGACGUGCAAGGACAUUUUUGACAAAAACAUGUGAGUUGCCAAACAUUAUUCGUAGUUUUUGCAUUAAAAUGUUGAAGCUGUCAGAGUUUGAUAGAUAUGCCAAAGGGGAACGCCAAACUACAACUAAAAAGAGGCUAAGACAAAUUAAAACAUACGACAUGCGGUGACAUGCGGUGGCCCGCCAGACCAAUCCAGUUGUAAAAUAAUAAUAAUAAUAAUAAUAAUAAUAAUAAGAAGAAGAAGAAGAAGAAGAAGAAAGGUGCUCAGUGUAUGAACAGAAUGAUUGACUUGAGUGACUGACGCUCUAGGUGCAUGGUUUGCGCCCGGCUGAUGCACAAAAAGAACACCAGCAAAGACUGUGAUAAUAGAGACAAUAAUAAUAAUAAUAAUAUGCUCCUCACCGAAAAUUUCGAGAAAAUGCUAAUAUCUUAUUUUCAAAAUUACCCGACCGUCCAGACGGCCAAUUUUGACCUCUGGAAAUCACCUAAGGAUUCAAAAUGGUCCCUAGCUUUGGACCUGAUUAGUCACGGCACGUGGUAAAAAACGCCACGGUGCCCAUGCAAUUUCUCUAGUCUUUCUUAAGUGUCUGACUCCUCCACGAGAACUGGGAAGGCAUGCAUUCGGGAAUUAAAUAUUAAGUUUAUACAUUUACAAAGGUAACGGCACAUCCAGAAAUUCAAAAGUUAAGAUUUAAUGUUAAAUUAUAUCGUGUAAUUUAAUUCUCUACUGUCUACUGUCAUUUCCCCAAAUCUUCCGCCGAUCUUUGUAAUGGACCAGGUAGUAUCGCCUCAAGUGAACCAAACAUUUAGACAAAGGUCUUGUAAUUUCUACUUUCAAGUUCUAGUGAGGACAAAGCAUACCCACUGGUUUUGGAGGAUGAGGUGAUCAACGUCUACUGUCAUAUGACCAUGGGUACGACUGGUAAUGGCGCAUGCAGUAAUGGUGGAUGGACGCUGGUUAUAAAAAUGGAUGGUAACCAGGUAAAGUCACUUUUAGUUUCUUCACGAUAUAUUAGCCUUAAUUACUUGAUGAAACAGUAUAAAUUGAAAUUUUUACACUGGAAACAAGCGGCUGACAGCGCCUAUAGCUUCUUAAACAUUAAAUGAAUAUAAUUAUCUAGAAUAUUCGAUAAUUUGAGUGUCCUUUUUCUUGAGGCACAGAGUUUAUUCAAUAAAUACCGUCAGGCUCAUGGCAAUGAAAUGCGUUGAAAUGAUCACAUUAUUAAUCUUUUUUAUUUUUUACACCCUUAGUCGGUCCUUUUAGUGUAUUUUGUUCAUUUUAAUUUCAAGAAAUAGUGAAAUUCUUGCACGGAGCUUUUCGUAUUUCAGCCCUUUCUUUUGUUAACUUUCCGCCAUUCUUGUGAAUGACUACUCAAAGGACGGUAAGCUGGGAUUGAGGAGUGGGAAUUCCUCAAGACCAUUCUGAGAGAUACGGUUAAAGGUUAUUAAUAAGAUUGACUACUUAGAUUUCGACUCCUUUUGAGGAGCUAUAUUUUAAUAUAAUUUCUUUUUGAUAUCAAAAAAUAAUAUGGCGUUGAUUUUCUUUACUUAAGUCAACAAGGCCCUUUUCUUACAUUAGACUUCAUAUGUGCCAAAUGAUGCUUAUGGAGAAAAGACUGAGCAAAAUCUAUUGUUUUCGCUCAUUUUCACUCAUUUGCAUUAGAUUGGGGCCAUUGGGCACAAUUAAGUUCGACGUUUGACACGGGUCUAACUAACAUUCCUCCUACAGCCAACGUUCCACUACACUUCCACGCUUUGGCAAGACAAAGACACCUUUAACGUUAAUGGAGGAAGGACUGGGUUUGACUCUCAGGAGACAAAACUUUCCUCCUACUGGAACACAUCCUUCUCCAAAAUUUGCCUCGGUAUGAAGAUCAACAACCAGGUCAAUUUUAUUCAAAUCACCGAGAGCGCCAGUUCCUUGUAUUCACUUAUCGCUGAUGGACAAUACCGUCCUACUUCACUGGGUCGUAACACGUGGUUUUCACUGAUUGCCUCUGGCGCCUCCUUCAAUGACAACUGUAACAAGGAAGGGUUCAACACCGAGUGCACCUACGCAGACCGCUCCAAAGCAAGAAUCGGUAUUCUUGGUAACAAUGAAGACGACUGUACUUCAUGUAACUCCAGGGUUGGGUUUGGUACUGGCGGAAAAAACGACGACUCCAACACAUGUGGAAACCACGCUUCCAGCCAAAACAUAAAGGCCUUUGGGUAUAUAUUUGUGCAGUAA